AUGAUGUCUAUGCGAUUGGCGACGGGGUCUGAGUUUGUGGUGAAGCUUUUCCAGAUACUCGAGGAGCCCGAGAACUAUCCGUACAUAUCAUGGAUGCCCGAUGGAAGAAGCUUUGUCAUAUCUGACCAGCAGGGCUUUUCUGAGUUUGUUCUUGAGAAACACUUCAGGCACAAGAACUGGAGUUCCUUUGUCAGGCAGCUCAACAAGUACGACUUCUACAAGGUACGGAGAGAUGGAGAAAGGACCGGGUGCAUUGAGGCUAUGUGGGAGUACAGGAACAAGCAUUUCCAACGGGGGAAGCACGAGCUGCUGAGCAAGAUCAGGAGGAAGAAGGCGCCGAGCGAAGGGUGUGGGGCUGGAGGAACAAACCCAAAGCAGAUUGAAAGCGGAAUAGUCUACCAAUCGCACGUGCUUGACACUGUGCGGAGUAUUUCCAAGUAUCUUCAAACUGUUGUUGAGGACAUCAACGAGAUAAAGAAAUACAUUUACCACGAAAGAAUGAGAAUUGCUUUGAAGACAAGUGUUCUGUUUGUCAGGGAGGGUGUUCCUGGGUCUGAAUGGGUCUACGGAGCCCUAAAGAUUCCAAACUACUCUCUGACCGUGGUGGAGGAGAGCGCCGAUGUGGGAAGCAUCAUGAGAUGGAGGUACGAUGUAGUUGUGUUGUAUGCCAACUCGCCCCGAUGCAUUACGGCUGUGAGCCGAAUAAGGGACGAAGACGAGGAGGUUCCGAUUGUUCUGGUUGUCGACGAAGGAUUCAAGAGCGAGUAUGCGAACAUUCUGGGGAUUAGAGCUACGGAGGCCCUUCUAAUGCCUUUUGACCCAAGUGAGCUGGUUGACGCCAUCAACAGGCAUGGGAGUCAAAGAAGCCCGGAAGGAGUCCAUGGCUGA